GGAUAAUAAAGUUUUUGUUUAUCGUACUUAAUUCAGUAUAAAACAGUAAGACUAAAUCCAUAAAAUAGCUCUUUAAGUUUAGUUAUUUUAAAUUAUAUCAUUAGUAUAGUAUUUUUAAAAUGUCCAUGCUCCGUAAUACUACGUGCUUUUUGCUGUUUGUGUCGCUGGUAUUUCAAGUAUCACAGGCCGCGACUGUGGGUAACAGGACAAAUGCCCAGGCCAACUCACCGCGCACAUUACUCGCCAUACUAAACUCGAACAUAAUGAACCAGGGCAAUCGCAACACGUGGAUCAACGCGGCUAUUAACAAGUUCCGGUUUAAUUUUGAGAAAUUGCAAUCAGCUCAAAUUCCAGAGGCACAACUAUACACGUACACGAGUGGGAACCCGGGCCAAACCCAGAACUGGGGUCCGGCUCAAAAAUUGAAAUACAUAUCAUUUUCUCAGGAAACGCCCCAGCACAUUAAUUUUGAAACAUUAUUAACAAACGGACACAAUAUGUUUCAAGGCAAAUCCGGUCCAAGUGUCUACACUAUAUUAAUUGGCGGUCAUAGCGUGGACCCUGCUAACACGCUGGCCAAAGUAGAGUCAUUGGCAAAUCAACUCAAAGAACAGCAAGUUAAGAUAAAUGUAGUGGAGUACCCAGCGAUUACCCAAAACCGAGAUUUUGCCCUUGGUCUGUUUAACAAAGCCGCAUCGGUCACCGGGGGCAAAGUAUCGUCAGUAGCUGAGCAUGGUAAAUCGUUUGCCAGCGCCCUGGAGCUAAUACACGCCAUCGACUCGGACGUGAAACUGUACCGGAUCAUUGCCGAAAAGGUGUUUGACGAUCUAAGGCCC